UGAGGGGGGUAAAUCUGGACACCGUCUCUGAACAGAAAAGGACCCUCUGCAGACAGGCCGUGCUUCUUCUUCCUCUGCCUCUUUCUGCUGCCCGUCUCAAUGUGCUUGUCACCAAAUGGAAGCAGAAGUGUUGAACCCCCAGAUGGUGAUGGCGGACGUCAAUGGCAACAAUAAGACCUCAAACGCGGAGCUGGAGGUGCUGAAGCUUCAGGAGCUGGUGCGAAAAUUGGAGAAGCAAAACGAACAAUUGCGCACCAGAGCGAACGCUGUAAACAAUUGCUCCGUGGGCCCUCAUCAUGUCCAGACGUCGCUGUCGUGUCUGCACGGGGGUACAGCGUGUACGAGUGACACAUUCCACAGCAAAUAUGUCCUUUCCAGUCCGACACAGUCGUACUCCUGUGCCCCAGAACCCCGGAGUCCAAUGGAGGAGCAGUUCGCCUAUUUCCAGCCGAGCAUGGUGUCUCCUGAUGCCGCCGUGGAGAACAGAGGCGCCGCUGCUGGAGGAGCUGGAGGCGCUGGAGGAGCCUCCACUGUUCUGGAUGAGCUGGAUGUUUUGGACUUGAACACCUUGCUCCCUGUUGGAGAGCCUGAAACCUGGCUGUACGUGAGUCCCAAAGCUAAGCUGCAGGGUGAGAGUUUACUCAAGCCGCUUCAGUGGUGCAGGCAGGUCCUGGACCAUCUGGGGCCUGAGGUAGCGCUCUCCAAGAUGACGUUCUGUCACAGACUAGACCAAGAUAAGCGGUGGCGAGGACUCCCCUCCGUCCGUCCAUACAGCUGCAUAGAGGGGCUGUCCACCCUCAGCUGCCCUGCCCUGCCUUACACAAAAUCUGCUGCACAAACCGAGACCCCAGCCCGAUCACCGUCAUCGGGUCAGUCACUUUUACCCCCGAAUCUCCCGCUCAGGACCAGCUGCAGCCUGAGUGACCGAGCGCCCACCUUCCUCUCAAACUCCACUCUCCACAACACGGGUCGCCGGCAUGCAGCCAUCAGCGCUCAGUCUUCCCUGGACAGUGAAGUGGGUGUGUCCGAACUGGACGAUGACUCCAUCUCCAUGAGCUACAAACUGCAGGACAUGACAGAUGUGGAAGUCAUGGCACGACUUCAGGAAGAGAGUCUCCGACAGGACUACGCCUCUACCUCAGCCACAGUCAGUCGUCGCAGCUCCAGCUUCUCCUUACACUCACUGAGGCGCAGUGAGAUGGAUCUGGAGGAGGAGGACGAGGAGGACGAAGGCUACGACCAGCUCCCUCCCCCCCAGCCUCGACUGUUCCGCACAGAGUCUAUGCAGAGGGGCAGCCUACCCCACUCUCACACUUUCUCCAGUAUCAGAGACUGCAGACGCAACUUGUCCACCCCUCAGUUUUCACUCAGUGGACUCUCCCAGUAUUCUGGACCUUCCAGCCUUACCACAGAAACACAUGCAGGUUAUAGGAGCAGCACAGACAAGCUACGGCGAAGCAUGCCCAACCUGAUCCGAGCUCCCAGCAUGCCCAGUGUUCCCAGCAUUCCGUGCCUGGCUUCCCCCAUCACCCCACCCUCCAACGGCCCCUCCUCCUUGCCAAUGAUAUCCUCCCUCCGAAACAGCCAGAGCUUUGACUCAUCAAGUGGACUUGCACGACUCCAGUCCUCCAUUCCUUCACCAGGCAGCUUGAGCCAGCGGGUCCAGAGUGUGUCAAACUUCCCCACUACUCCCCGACACCCGCUGAAGGCCACAGCCUACGUUAGCCCCACAGUGCAGCAGGGCCCCACUCUGUCCACCUCUACCAGUCUGCACUCCAUCCCGAGCAGCAUUGCACUGUCUCAGCCUGUAAAACCCAGCAACAGUAUGGCACCACAGCCCCUAAAAGCCAGCCCCAACCAAACAGUCCCUCGCAGCUCCCUUCCUCGCCCAGCCUCCUUUGUAGGAACUAGUGGAGUUCUACGUGCAAGCAAACUCACCCCACCCACCCGCAGUUUGCUGACCCCCCCAAAGAGCAUUUCUACCCUGAGUGCCCUGAGGGAUGGCAGCUGGAAAGAUGGCUGCUAUUGAACCCCAAAUAAACAGAAGUUACAGGGUAACGCUGCAUGGGACCCAGCUUGUUUAAAGUGUUGCUGUUAGUGGUUCCCAGAGAGUGACUGUUAAUAUUUCUGUAAAGCACUACUCUUUGCUGAAGGACAAACGUAGAGACUGUGAACAGUAUGGGUCCAGCAGGCUGGAUCUAUGUGAAACGAUCUGCUGAAUCAGACUGAUAUAACCUGGCAAUAUUCUGUUAUUCAGUUGUUAAAUAUGAACUGGAUCAUCCUUGAUGUUUUUUUUUCUUUUUCUAUUAAGGCUUUCAUUCAACAAAAUCACUUCAACUUUCUCUCCAGUUGAAAGUUUAGCAAUCCAUAGCUUUUGUACAUGCUUUAAUUGAUUUUUUCUGACUAAUUUUGUUUUUCCUGUUAGACUGUGACAUGAGAUAUGAAACUGAACCUAAAUUUAAAGUUUGUACUUACUGUGCCUGUUAAAAACACAGUGAAAUUAAUGUCUGUUACAUUUAUUCUCUGGACCUCGUAGCGUUUUUUUUUCAAGAGGAUUAUGAUUAAUGUGUUGAAAUUAAUCAUCUGCUCAAGUUUAAGGUAAAGUAUGCCAUUGGUUAAUGGAAGUGUGUUUUAUCAGUGUUUGGCCAGUUUCUUUUUUGUUAUCGUUUACAUGAAAUGCUGUGAUUUUCGAUGUUUUUUCAUAAACAUAACCGCUGCAAAGAUAUUGCACAUAGAGCCACGAUGCUCUUCAUGAUGACAAGAAUUUAAAGAAGAGGUGAAUUUUUAACAUGAAUAAACGCCUUUCAAAGUA